AUGGCAAUCAUACUUGAAUCUUUUGUCGGAUCAUGCGCGAAGAAGUUGCAAGAUAUUGUUACGGAGGAGGCCAUACUAAUUUUAGGUGUUAAAGAAGAGCUCAUAGAGCUGAAGAGAAGAAUGGAGCAAAUAUGGUACUUUCUUAAUGAUGCAGAGAAAAGGAGCAUAAAAGAAUCUGCUGUUAACAAUUGGCUUGGUCAGCUAAGAGAUGCUAUGUAUGAUGCUGAUGAUAUCAUUGACUUGGCCAAAUCCAAAGGAAGCAAGCUAUUGCCAGACCAUUCUUCAUUAGUAUCAAGCAGUUCAAAUACAUGCAGUGGCCUUUCUCUUUCCUCUUGCUUUUUUAAUAUCAAGACACGUCAUGAGAUUGCAGUUAAGAUUAAAAACUUAAACAAAAGAAUUGAUAAUAUUUCAAAGGAUAAAGUAUUUACUUCACUCAAGAGUACACAAUCAACUGUAACAGUUUCUGUACCAAAACAGAGAAGAAGUUCCAGCCUUGUUGAGCCAAACCUUGUUGGUAAGGAGGUCUUACAUGCUUGCAGAAAAGUAGUAGAUUUGGUGCUUGCACAUAAGGAAAAAUGGUCUUAUAAGCUUGCUAUCGUUGGAACAGGAGGAGUUGGUAAGACAACACUAGCACAAAAAAUAUACAAUGACCAAAAACUAAAAGGGAUCUUCAACAAACAAGCAUGGGUUUGUGUUUCCCAAGAUUUCUCUGAAAUAGCUAUUUUAAAGGAGAUUCUACGAAAAAUUGAAGUACAGUACAUGCCAGAUGAAUUAACCGAUGAGCUCCAGAGCAAGCUAGAACUGUCCAUUAAGGAUAAGAGUUUUUUUCUUGUGCUGGAUGAUGUGUGGCAGUCAGACAUAUGGACAAAUCUACUGAGAAUCCCACUACAUGCUGCAUCCUCAGCAGUAGUUUUAUUGACAACUCGAUUUGACACUGUUGCUGUAGAAACCGGAGUGGACUAUACACAUCGAGUUGAUUUAAUGUCACUGGAUAUAGGAUGGGAGUUACUAUGGAAGAGCAUGGGCAUCAAAGAAGAAAAAGAAGUACAAAAUCUACAUGACUUAGGGAUCGAUAUUGUUCGUAGAUGUGGUGGUCUUCCCCUUGCAAUUAAAGUCAUUGCUAGAGUUUUGGCAACCAAAGAUCAAACUGAGAAUGAGUGGAAGAAGAUUUUGGUAAAAGAUGCUUGGUCCAUGAGUAGUCUUCCUAGUGAAAUAACAAGUCCUAUAUAUCUAAGUUACGAAGAGCUGCCACACCAUUUGAAGCAAUGUUUUAUCUAUUGUGCUAUUUUCCCUGAAGAUUCGGUAAUCUACCGUGAUGAUAUUGUAAGGAUGUGGGUCGCUGAAGGCUUUAUAGAUAAGCAAGAUGACCGAGUCCUUGAAGAUAUAGCAGAAGAAUACUACUAUGAGCUGAUCUAUCGAAAUCUCCUCCAACCAGAUUAUUACUAUUCUGUUGAUCUUACUCAAUGUAGAAUGCAUGAUCUACUAAGGCAGCUUGCUUGUCAUUUGUCCAGAGCAGAACUUUUUGUUGGUGAUCCAGAUUCAGCAGGGGUUACUGUUAUGAGUUCACAGAUACAAGCUGUUCCACCUUGCAUUGGACGUUUGAUCCACCUACGGUUACUAAACCUUGAUGGGACUGACAUAUCUUCUCUUCCAGAGUCCAUCUGUUGUCUCAUAAACCUUCAGAUAUUGAAUUUGCAGAGUUGUGAUUCUUUGCAUAGUCUUCCUUCAGGAAUAACUCAGCUAUGCAACUUAAGGCGACUUGGCCUACAGGACACACCAAUAAAUGAGGUUCCAAAAGGUAUUGGUAGAUUAAUUUCUCUCAACGAUUUACAAGGCUUUCCUGUUGGUGGCUCUUGCAACAAUUCUAGAAUGCAAGAUGGAUGGAACCUAGAAGAACUAGGUCCGCUUUUGCAGAUGAGGAGGCUUGCUAUGAUCAAACUGGAAAGAGCAGUUCCUCCUAGUAAAGAUUCAUUGCUAGCAAACAAAAACCAUCUCAGACAAUUAUUCCUAGGUUGCAGUGAACACAUACACGAGCCAUAUUCUGAAGAUGUUGUAAUCAAUAUUGAGAAAACUUUGGAUUUGCUAAUCCCUGCGCACAACCUGGAGGGUCUCAAUUUUAGGAAUUUCUUUGGCCGGAGGUUUCCCACCUGGCUAGACACUGCUGCCCAUUUGCCUUCAUUGAAAUACUUGCAGCUCAUAGAUUGCAAAUCAUGUAUGCAUCUUCCACCAAUCGGUCAGCUCCCCAACUUGAAAUAUCUGAGAAUCCAGGGACCCACUGCAGUCACCAAGAUUGGACCCGAAUUUGUUGGCUCUGUGGUGGGUAAUCUCAGAUCUACGGAGGCAGUAGCUUUCCCCAAGCUUGAAACAUUGGUCAUCUGGGAUAUGCCCAACUGGGAGGAGUGGUCCUUUGUUGCUGAAGAAGAACAAGAAGAAACAACAGCAGGUACGGAAGGGGGAGAGGGUGAGGCUGCUGCAAAUCAAAAGUGGGAUGCCCCACCUCCAAGGAUACAGCUGCUGCCACGACUGAAGAAGUUGGACCUUGUCCGCUGCCCCAAGCUGAGAGCUCUCCCACGGCAGUUUGGACAGGAGGCCACCAGCUUGAAGGAGCUCAUUUUAAGACAUGUGCACAGCCUUAAGGUGGUGGAGGACAUCUGUUUCCUCUCAGAGCUCCUUUUAAUAUCAGAUUGCGAAGGCCUAGAGAGGGUCUCCAAUCUUCCCCAAGUGAGAGAUCUACGUGUACAGCUGUGUCCCAACUUGAGGUGUGUUGACAGAUUGGACAACUUGCACCAGCUGUUUCUGACAGAGGAUAUGGAAGGUGCCUCAUCACAGUGGCUGCCUGGACUCCAAGAGCAUCACCAACAGCUGCACGGAGAAGACAUGGAUGUCUACAAUUGGAUAUAG